UCCGCAGCGAGACGUCGAGCUGCGCAGUUGUGUGCUGGGCUUUGGAGCGUUGUAUUUACAUACAUACAUACACAUAUAUGCAUGUAGAUCGAGUCUAACUGUAAAGAAGCAUUGCCGGUCCCGUAAGAGCCAUGACCGCCGAUAGUAAUAACGAUGUAGAGAUCAUAGAGACGGAGCACAUAGAUCAUCAUCACAACCAUCGCCAAACGGAAGCCUUUGGCCAUCACGCCAGGAUGUACCCGCAAUUUCCGUCCGGCAUACCUUCCCCACCUUUUUCACCCACUGAUCCCAUGGAUAUGCCGCUGGUCAAAGAGCUUCUGGCUCGCAUUGAACAUAUAAAUGUUCCCGAAGGAACCGUGCUCUGUGUUCCGUGUUACCUCUGCAAACAGCCCUUCAAUGACAUUGAAUCCUUCAAGGAGCACCUCACCCAACAUGCAGCGGAAAUUCACUCCUGGAAUAUAGGACGUGUGCAGGAGCAGGAACCUCCGCAGUUAAUGGUACCCUUUGUUGAGCCCAUGAAUCAGCCGUUCGUGCAUCCAAUAGAUCAGCUCUUAAUCCAUUCCAUCGAUCAAGGGGCCAUUGAUUGUCAUCAUCAUGCUCACUAUAGUAAUCCUAUGGAGUUUGGCAGUCAGCCACCCCUGGAUCAUUACUCACCGCCUCUCGAACCACUAGGGCCGUUUCAGCUGCCAGCGGUUCAUCAGAAUCUGAUUCAGCCACCACACAUGCACUUAACUGUUCAACACACGGGUUAUGAGCCACCAUUGCAAUUUUCUGGACACCGGCCUGUCGAACUGCCCCAGAAAAUUUCCAUGUCACCGCACUCUCCUCUGGAGUUUCCUGUUCAACCAAUGCUCAGCGCCAUUCCCUGUAAACAACAUACUCCGCUUGAAGUGCAAAAGUUAUGUGUGCCAAAAACAAUGCCCAGAUCUGUGGAGGAACCUCCGGUCUUCGUAAAUCCCCCAUCUCAGGCACAAGAUCCGAUUCAGGAUGCUGGUGCAGGGAAGUCCCGAUCGUCGGUGCCGAUCAUAUCCAAACCCCCCAAUGCUUUCAAUCGCGGUCACUUCGAGUGCGCUUGUUGCGGAAAGCUGUUGAGCACCCGCCAGUCGCUGAGAUACCAUGAGAGCCGCUUCCACGGAGGGAAAGAACCGCUUGCAAAUCGGAUAGAGAAGGAUGUGCCGAAGCAGUACAAGUGCUCCACAUGCAAGAAACGUUACAAACGGCGGACCUUCCUCCUGAUGCAUAUGAAAGUCAAACACGGGAUGGUUUUCCCGAGCAGGACUACUGCCAAUCCCGAAUCUCAAAUAUCUGUAGACUCGCCUGCGUCCCCGGAGGCUCCUGUCUCCCCAAAGUCGUCGCCGGACGAGACCCCGAAAAAGGAGAUAUGGAGCACAAGAAUAUUCAACGCUGUGGCGGCAGCCAAGUAUCAACCGGCCAGCGAGCGGGCGGACAAGUAUUUGGUUGCGCCAGCCGAGCUAACCUCGUCUAAGCGAACGUACCCACUCCGUUCGCCCUUCUUCAAUCCGGAUCUGUGGCUGGACUGCGAUGCAUACUUAUAGGGAGAACUGGGCUGAAUUUUAAGCAACGUGGAGUAUCAAAUACUAUAGCUUAUAAGCUAGCAAAUGUGGCCCCAAGCGGCUGUGUCAGCCUUGCUGAACGACCGACUGUAAUGUCGACGACUGUUAUCUGUAAUGGAAAAUAUUACUUCGUUUAAUGGAGCUUCUGAGUAUGUACAAUGUACGUAUAAUAUAACGGAUACAUAUCGGUAUCGCAAGCGAUCUAUUCUGUGGCCUCAGCACUUUGGAUCUCGACAUCGAAAUCCCAAAGGCAUAGCCGUAAACUUUUUGUCAUAAUAAACAAAAUAAAAACGCUGAGCAUUGCAAAUGAAUUUCAAGCACUCGAGCGCUUAAAUUUUCCCGUUUAUGUUGUAUGUUUUGUAUACAAAAUGGAAAUAAAGAAACGGAUAAGCAAAGCCAAAAAAGA